AAGUGUUUUCUUGUUUUCGCUUAUUUAGUUUUCUAAAUUUUGGAUUUUUUUUCAUUUAAUUUCGUUAAAUUGUCUUCCAUUAAUUACUUUUUUUUUCGGUGAUGGGUAAUGAUCAACAUGUCGUUAACAUGGUCCAGUAUUUGCUCGUUGCAGAUCAGAAAAAGUUACCAGUUAAAAGAGCGGAUAUUGUUCGCCAUUCGAUACCCGACAAUGCGAAGGAGUUUAAUGAGAUUUUCUCUGCUGCCAAAGCUGCUCUUCUAAAUGUGUUUGGUUUAAAAGUUAAAGAAACACCGGAAAAAAAUUGUUACAUCUUAGUUACCGUGAUAAGAGAUGCUAAUCUAUGGAGACCUGAGAUCACUAGUCAAAUUGAUCAAACUCAUGGAUUACUGAUUCCAAUUUUAUCUGUGAUUUUUAUGAAUGGAGGUGAAACUCGGGAAGAAAAUCUGUGGAAAUUUCUAAGUAAAAUGGGUCUUACAUCGGAGACAAAGCUGACACAUAAUCAUACGUCUAUUACAUUGAAAGAUUUGUUACAUUCGAUUUGGCCUCGCCAUUUGUAUCUUGCCCGUGAAGAUAUUGGUAAAAACGAGAAGAAAGAGUACAUGUUUUCAUGGGGAUUCCGAGCUGAACAUGAGAUAAAUAAACUCGACCUGAUCAAGUGGGUUUGUGAAGUUUACGGCGAUGGAUAUGAACCUCAUAUGUUUAAAAUUCAAUAUAAGAAAGCAGUUAAUCAUGAUACAAUGCUUAACUCAUUAGACAAGGAUUCUGGUGAAGAAGACGAAUCAGAGCCUAAUGAAACUGAAUCAGAACAAGAAAUUGACCUUUAAAGUUCCUGACAAUAAUAAUUCAUGACUUAAUCUCUCAAAAAAAGGAAAAUUUCUAACUUAGCCAUGACAAAUUCCAAUUCUGAGAAAGUUCAAUUCACUCAGAUCAAUCAAAUUGAUCAACAUGAUAUAUGCUCACACAAUUGAAACAAAUUUCAUGAGAUGCCGAUUACUGGAUUAACUGGAUUAAUACAAAGAUUUUCAUUAUCAUCAUCAUUUAAUAACAAAAAAAAUCCAAUUGCUCAUAAUCAAAAUCCAUGAAAACUUUCCUUAAAAAUAAAACUAAACGUUAACCAAUUAACGAAAACUAAAUGAUUCUAAAUACAAUAACCAAACAAUUUGAAUCUAUCAUAACACAAAAAAAACGAAAAUGAUUGUAAUUAAGAAAGAAAACCUGUAAAGUGAUUAAUCAAUAAAUUCAAUUGAAUUUGUUUACCAAA